CUUGAGUCCUUGAGUAUCGUGCUUCUGUGUAACCCCGCGCAGUGUUUCCUGUGGUCAUGGUGCCGCCUGUGGUAUCCCACGUCUAUGGCUACCAGGUGGUGAGCCGACCCCGCUCGGCGCCCGUGGGGCGCGCGGGGCCGCCACUAGAGCCCUGCCAUCCACCCUUUUGGCGACGCUUGUCGGUGCAGCCGAAGUCACAGGCCCGUCGGGGAGUGCCACACCAGCCUCCGGGCGUGAAGAGUGGCCUGGAGUCCGGGGACUCCAGCACUGAGGAUGAAGGUGGGAUGCCCCAGCCACGAUCAGCGAGAGCUUGGCAUGUGCCUGACGCAAAGAUUCAGGCGCUGGUGGAGAAACUGCAAGUUCAGGAGGUCACACCAGGCCCCGUGGGAGUUCCUCUUCGCUCCAGACCUGUGGCUUCACCCUGUCAGGUGAACCGGCCGUUGCUCUCGCGCGGCCGGCUGAAGCGCGAGAAGGAGGAGGCCACGCAGUGCAGCGAGGAGGAGGUGCACUCAGACCGAGACGCUGAAGCAGAGCGGGCCGCCUAUGAGGCAGCUGAGAUGGAGCGCAUCAAGUACUACUUUCGAAAGCCGAAUGUCUCCAGUGAAAACUCUCCGCAGGAGAUGGCGCGCUGCGCGAGCGCACCCUCCAAGCCAGGCCGAAGCAAGACGGCGCGUCCAGACGCGGCGCCCCGGGUGAAGGUCCCAAAGCUUCCCAUGUCGAAGAGCGAGGUGCUUCUGACACUGAACUUCAUGGACACAGGUGACAAGUACACCAUCCAGGUGGACCCCGACCUCCGCGUCGGCCCGGGAAGCCGCGAGCAGGUCGGAGUCCAGUCCUUGAAGGGCAUCAUCGAGGAGAUUUCUGGCAUUCCGACUCAAGAUCAAGUCCUCUUUUGCCAACGCUGCAAGAUGGGCAACGACAGGCAUACGCUGCGGUCCUAUCAUGCGCACGAGAAUGCUGAGGUGCUGGUGCGGGUGCAAGGCAGAAGGCCUGGCUUCUCGCAGGCCUGUACGGUGAAGUGGCGCCAGCAGCAGCAGAUGCGGGAGCAGCGGAGGGACCGUGCCAGGGCAGUGAGCGCCUCCCAGCCCAAGCAUCGCGUCAUGCAAUGCUGGCAAAGCUGCGUGGUACCACAGAAUGGCACCUUCUUCCAGUACGCGAAGCGCGGUCUGGAGGGGAAGCUUGCUGCACGCUUCGACUUGCAAGGGAGUGGGCAGAAGGCGGACAUCAGGACCAACCUUUUCCAUGAUCCAUUUCUGAGCUUCGGUGAUUACCACACUUGGAGACCCGACGAGGGUACCCGUGAGUGGGAGAGGAUCCGGAACGGACCUGCCUACAACGCGAAGCUCGAAUUUGAAGGCUCUUAAACGGUGAAGGCAGAUGUGAUCUCAGAGUUGGUC